GUUUUCGCCCGGAAACAUCGUGCGGACAAGUUGUGGCUAACUUCCUGUUUUCAUAAUCCACUUGUGGAGCAGUGUAACAGAUGGUGAGGCAAAGUCGGCAAGGGGUUAAAAUGUGAUCAACGGACGCGUGGGGGAACAAAUAUUUGAUCGUGUUUGCAAGAAAGUAAAUAUAACAUGUCUGGGUUUAGGGAAGCGGUGUUUGUCGGCACAUCUAUCGCACUUACAGGCGGACUUGGUUACGUAAUAUGGACGUACCUGAGCUCGGGAUACAAGCAGCCGAGACAAAAGGAAGAUCCCGGUCUUCAAACGUCAAAGCUUGAAACAGUAGACUCCAUUGCCAAAACAGAACUCUCCACUGUGACUGCAGAGGCAGGGCAAGCCCAGAAAGCUUCGGUAGCCGAGUCCAAACCGGGCCAGAAGGCUAGUAAUCAGGUCCUGGUACUGGGACUGGACGGGUCCGGGAAGACCAGCCUGCUCCACUGCUUCUCCACGGGCGGUCUGGAACAGGACGUGGUGCCCACCGAGGGCUUCAACGCCGUCUCCAUCAACCGAGAAGACCUGCAGAUCGAGUUCCUCGAGAUCGGAGGAAAGGAGAACUUGCGUCCCUACUGGCAGAAGUACCUGGGCAGGGCGGCGGUGCUGGUGUUCGUGGUGGACUCAUCCCGGGCCGACCUCUUCCCCACGGCCAAGACACACCUGCACGAGCUGGUGGCCCGAGACCCGCUGCUGCCCUUAGUGGUGCUGGCCAACAAACAGGACCUGGCGGGGGCGUGCAGCAUCACAGACCUCCACGAGGCCCUGGAGCUGAGCCGGGUCGGGGACCAGCGGAAGAUGUUCCUCAUCGGGACGUACGUCCAGAAGGGCGAGGCGGAGCUGAACUCCGGGGCCGAGGACGCACGCGACCUCAUCUUCCAGAUGGUCUGUGGCGUGUGACGGCGCUGGUGGUUUGGUACCGGGAUUUUGUCCUAAGGGCGCCGUUUACGAUUGUGUGUUUCUUUUGUUUCUUUGUUAUCCGCAGUUUAUUUUGCACUGGUUAGUUGUCUUUUGUGUCAUUUGUUUUUCGCCCAGGUGGCUCAGGCUGUGGCAUGUCAGUUGAAUAGAAUACAUGACCAUGUUUUUAUACAUGGAAUCAGAUGAGACACAAUCAAAGACCGGCACAUACAAACACCAAUGUUUCUUGUUUUAAACUACUUGACUGUAUUUGCGUUUGCUUUGUUUUUUACUAGUGUUUAUGAUGAUAGUUCAGGGUUUGGCUUGGUAGAUGUGUACUACUUCACCUCUUUGCGGUUUCUAUGCUUUCUGUCAGACCGAACCAGGUGAAAUUGCUUCACUAUUGACCUUGUAAAGUAAUUUUGCUCUGGGAAAAGUGUGUUGUCACCAGAGGUUUAUUAUUACUUUUUAUUUAUAAAAGGCAUCGCAAAUAUUUUGGGGAAAAUAAUUUGACUGACUUCUUUAUAAUUUGAGCUGAACAUGUGGAUUGUGGAUAAGAGAGCUUUUAUUGUAAAACACUCAACAGUAGCGGCGCCAAAGAAUUAUGAUUGUGGGAGCUAAUGGGGGGAGGGGGGUAGAUUGUUUAUAGCAGGUGCUAAUAUAUUUUGCGGCAAACAAAUAAUACUAAAAACUACAAUAUGAUACGAAUCAACCAAUCAAAUCACAAGCAGCAACGGUCAGCAUUUACAAAUGAAAAAUAUGACUUCAUAGUCAGAAUUGUUACAUAUAGGGCAGUCCGAUAUCUUCAUGUAUAUAUAUUAUAUUAUAUAAGUGCCGCAACGGAUCCUGGGAGUUGUGUGUGGUGUGUUUACAUACAGGAUACUCGCAGGGUCGUUCAGAGUGUGGGCCACGAGAGUUCAAACUCCUGUAACUUGGGCACCCGUCUGGUCAUUCAUGUGCUGCUCCCCACAUUAUUUAAAGACGUUCAUAUUUUCGUCACAAAAUUACUGAGGUUUUUUGGAGGGGGGGGUUUGAGGGGUUCAGCCUUUAUGAGGGGGAGCUUAAGCCCCCCGCUAGCCCCCCCCCUCCCCCCGCGCUGCCGCUGAACACCAGCAAAGUCUUAAAUUGAAAAUACAAACCAUGAAUACCUGAUAAUGAUAUACAUAUUAUAUGCAUAUCAUAGACUGUAUAUUAUUUUUUUGUACAGUACUAUCCAUUUAGAUGUGUCUUAGAUACAGCCCUCCUCAUUCUAUGGCAGUUUGAAAUGAGAAACUACAUUUUCUGUAUUUUUAUAGCAAAACAUAGUUGAGCCAAAGUUACAGACUUUAUAUGGUUUACUCACCAACUAGAAAAGGUCAUAUUGAGUGUCACGUUUUUAAACAGGUGUUUCUACUUAUUGUGUCUUUUCAAUUCUUAUCAUUCGCCUUUGAAAUGAUCAUAUUUGAAAGAUGAGAAUGGCUUUUAUUUUGGUAAGAUUGAGGUUAAACACAAGUUCAGCCUUUUUAAACGCAUAUCUUUCUCAUAUACCAGCUUUGUAAAUGUCAGGAUUUUGAUUGUUGUGCUAUAAUUUCAUUGAAUAUAUAAAAAAAAAAAAAAGUGUAGACCCCAAUGUUAUGUAUAAAUCCCAAACAAACUUUAAAGAACAAAUCAACUGUAUAACUUUAACGGGUUAAAUUAUCAACCCACAGUUUUAGCAUAUCAGUAAUGUAUUUUUUUACUAAAAUAAAAGGCUGAAGACA